CCAAUUUAAUAGGAUAGGCAGGCAUUAGCAUUAAGUUGCUCCCAGCAUUCAGGUUUGCCAAAUCCACUGUGUGGCACCCUGGGAGCUACACAGUGGUCGAUUGCUUAUUUGUGGACUUUUUUUUCAGCACCUUUUGGGGAAACAACUAAGACGAGAACAGCCUCGUCCCUGCGUGCUGUCGCCGUUCUCCUUCCCCUACUCCCCCCGGUAAGACUCGGAGCCCUCCGCCGCAACCAUGGUGGUGAUGAAGAUGAAGUUCCCCUUUCAGAAAAGGGUAAAGCUGGCUCAGGGACUGUGGCUCCUCUCAUGGUGUGCCACAGUAGCUGGGGCCAUCACCUUCACCCUUGGGUGCAUCCUCAAGGCAGAGCUACGCAGGAGGGCAGAGGUAAUGGAUAAUUCAGACAUACAUAUCGUGCCCAACACCCUCAUGAUAGUUGGUCUGGCCUCCUUGGGUAUCAACUACUUUGCAUCAAAGAUCUGUCAGGAUGCCCUGGACGCUGGCCGAUUUCCUCGCUGGAAGACCUUUUUGAAGCCCUACUUUGCCGUCUCUUGUUUCUUCACUGUCCUCAUGCUGCUAGCGGUCAUCAUGAGCUAUGCGAUGAAAGGCAAUCUGGAGUCUUCUCUGAAGGUGGGCCUGAGAAAUGGCAUUCGCUUCUACAAAGACACAGACACCCCAGGACGCUGCUUUCAGAAGCAGAACAUCGAUCGCUUGCAGAUGGACUUUCAGUGUUGUGGAAACAACGACCACAAGGACUGGUUUGAGGUCCAGUGGAUCAGCAACCGCUACCUUGAUUUCAACUCCAAGGAAGUGAAAGUGCGCGUCAAAAGCAAUGUUGAUGGACGAUAUUUGGUCGACGGCGUCCCAUUCAGUUGUUGUAAUCCCACUUCUCCUCGACCGUGCAUUCAGUAUCACCUCACCAACAAUUCCGCUCAUUAUAAUUAUGAGUAUGAAACAGAGGAACUCAACAUCUACCUGCGGGGCUGCAGGGAAGCCUUGGUCAACUACUACAUGGGCCUGAUGAACACCAUUGGGGCUGGAGUACUGUCAGUCUUCCUCUUGCAGGGUUCCGUGCUGGUGAGUUUGCGCUUCCUGCAGACCGCUAUGGAGGCUGUAGCAGGGAAGGAGAACACAGAAAUUGAGACUGAAGGAUACUUACUGGAGAAAGGACUGAAGGACACCUUCAUGGAGUACUUUGAUCCUCUUCUCAAGUUUCUGUUGCUGAAAAACCAGGUGCAGGAGGGCACUCCUGCAGGCACAACAGCCCCAGCUUCCUCCUAAACAUUGGGGUUGGUCACGCAUGUGUAUAUACUUUUUACGAAGGGAAUGAAAAACAUUAAAAUCCUGAAUAAUAUCGUCUCCUUCCUAAAAUUGUGGCAUAUGUCGGGGGGGGGGGGGGGAUCAAAAUAUGACUUUGCCCAUUAUUUUAAGAAGGAGACAAUAUUAUGAAAAUCUGUUGGGGCGGGUGGGGGGGUAGAAUUUGUAUUUCCAGUGGACCAUCAAAUUAAAGUACAUCAAAAUAUUUCACAUUCCUCUCCAAAUUGUAUAAAGUGAAUCUAUGCAUUCUCUAUUGAAUGCAUGCCUUGCAGCAGAAUAUAGACAAGAAACAUGUAUUUUGCUCGUUUUGUUAUUUUGUUAUUUUGAUAUUUGUGAUUCUCUUCUGCUCUACUCCCACAAAUACUUUUAGUUUCUCCUAGCCUACAUUAUAUGAUCCAGGGCUCACCGCAGACACAUUACACCAGUAAAAUUGUCACAAAAAUAUCAUAAUUAUGGUUAUGAAUACACAGGUCAUUUUUGCCUUCUAGCGGAUGUGCAUUUAAUUCUUCUGGCUGUCACUAUAAAUCUCUGGUAUGGAUAGAUGAAUAAAGAUACAUUAUUUAUAACUAGAUGUGCCAUAGCACAGUGGUUUGGAAUCAUCAUUACAAAAAAAAGUACUGAUUCAAGUAUUUUUGUGGGGGAAAGUAGAAUAAUAGAGGGGGCUCAAGAAUUAAAAUUUGAAUGUCGUACUAUAUGCAUAAAUACUGUAUAUAUAAAUAUAUAUAUUGUUAUAAAUAUAAAUAAUCCGCUCCCGCACAACUCUAAUUGCCCCACGGGGAUAAAUAAAGUUUUCUGAAUCUGAAUACAGUA